AUGAUGUGGAGACUCACCUUGUUGCUGCUCCAGGCAGUAUGUGUUUUUGGAUGUGGUACACCCACCUUCAAGCCUAACACCAACAGGGUGGUGAAUGGGGAGGAUGCUCGCCCCCACAGCUGGCCUUGGCAGAUUUCCUUGCAGGUGAAGCAUGGCAGCCGUUUCCAUCACACUUGUGGAGGAACUCUGAUUGGUCCUCGCUGGGUCCUGACUGCUGGCCACUGCAUCUGGCCGGGAGAUGUAUACCGUGUGGUCUUUGGAGAGCAUGACAUGAGCCAGCAGGAGGGAACUGAACAGAUCAGAGAUGUACUGCGUAUUGUUGUUCACCCCAACUGGGACAUUGACCACGUGGGUGAUGGCAAUGACCUUGCUCUGCUGAAACUGGAUAAGAGUCCUAUAAUGAAUGACAACGUUGGCCUGGCUUGUCUUCCUGAGGCCGGAGAGAUCCCUGCUCAUGGAGCCCCAUGCUACAUUUCAGGCUGGGGAAACCUUUACACCCAUGGCCCCAUGCCUGAUAAGCUGCAGCAGGCCUUGCUGCCUGUGGUGGAGUACAGUGUGUGCAGUCGCAGUGACUGGUGGGGCAUCAAUGUGAAACGCACCAUGAUCUGUGCUGGAGGAGACACUGUCUCUGGCUGCAAUGGAGACUCUGGAGGUCCUUUAAACUGUAUGGGUCAGGAUGGUAAGUGGUACGUCCAAGGUGUCACCAGUUUUGUUUCCUCUCGUACCUGCAAUGAGGUGAAAAAGCCCACCGUCUUCACCCGCACCUCUGCCUUCAUCAAAUGGAUUGAUGAUACCAUGCUUCAUUACUAA